UCGGAGAAGGCUUCUGUCGCCACUCACUUCUGCAGAAAAGCCUCAAUUUGCGAGAUCCAGUUCAACACAAACUGGCUAUAAUGGAAGGCUUCACCGGAACGGAUUCCCUUUAAACAUCCUUGCGAGCUGCACGUGUUCAUGUCGAGACACGUUCGAGACCAAGGGCCAGACGGUCCAUCAGUAAAGCAGGAAAUGAACCCCUGUGUGGAGCAGAGGACGGCUGGAACUGACCGUGUAAAAGAGGAAGAGGGGGACCUUUGGUUCAAGAAAGAGCUGACUCAAGAUUUGGAGGAAGCUGAUGGAUCCAAAAGGCUAUUCACUCUUGUUUCUGUAAAGACGGAAAAUGAGGAAGAUGGCCGAGAACCUCACCCCAGUGGGGCAAGUCAGCAUCCAAAAGAGGAAUAUGAUGGAGACCACUGCAGUGAAUCAGACUGUAAAGGUGAUGGGGACACGACAAAAGCUUCAGACACUGAUGACGGUGGAGACUGGGACAAAUUGACUGAUCCACAGUCGAACUCGGUGAAGAAAACUAAAACAAAGCACAUGUGCACUGAAUGCGGGAGAUCGUUUAAAACAAAGAGCAUCCUUGUUAUGCAUAUGAGAAUCCACACUGGAGAGAAGCCAUUCAGCUGCUCGUGGUGCGGCAACAGUUUUGCAAGAAGAAGCCACCUUAAUGCCCACACGUUCAGGCACACGGGAGAGAAACCUUUUCGCUGCUCACUGUGCAGCAAAGGUUUCUCGAGGAAAAGCCAUCUCAUUUCACACAUGAUGACUCACACUGGAGAGAAACCUUUUAGUUGCUCACAAUGCAACAAAAGUUUCUCGAGGAAAAGCUCUUUCGUUUCACACAUGGUUGCUCAUAGAGGAGAGAAACCUUUUGUUUGCUCACAAUGUAGUAAAAGUUUCACAAUGAUGUAUUAUCUAAAAAGACACAUGCACACUCACACUGGAGAGAGGCCUUUUAGCUGUUCACAGUGUGGUAAAAGCUUUUCAGCAAAAAGCCACCUUAAAACGCACCUUAUCACGCACUCAGGAGAGAGAGAGUUUCGCUGCACACAGUGCAGAAAAUGUUUCAGAAGGAAAUCCUGUUUUCAAAUCCACAUGAAGGUCCACACUGGAGAUGAGUUGUUCAGCUGUUCACUGUGCAAAAAAAGUUUCUUAAGGAGGGGCAACCUCAUGAAGCAUAUGGAAAUCCACACAGGAAAGAUGCCUUUUUGCUGCUUACUUUGCGGCAAAGCCUAUAUCAAGAAAGGCUCUCUUGAAUCACAUGUGUGUUCUCACAAGAAAGAAAAUUUUGUUUGCUUGGAAUGUGGGAAGAAAUGUGUUUCUGAGAGUGAGCUGAAGUCCCACCUCCAAAUUCACUCUGAACCACAACAUUUCUGUUCGGUUUGUGACAAACGAUUUGCACUAAAGGGGGCGUUACUUAGCCAUAUUACAAGUGAACACAGCCAAGAGAAACUUAUAAACUGCUUGGAUUGUAACAAAAUAUUUACAACUCGCAGCGCCUUAAACCGCCACAAGAGUAUACACACAGGUGAGAAACCUUUUACCUGCCCAGUCUGCCACAUGAGUUUCAGGACUAGAUCCAUGUUGAAGACUCACACGAUAAAGCACACUGGAGAGAAACCUUUUCAUUGCCCUGUUUGUAACAAAGCUUUUACAACCAACAGCAACUUAAAUCAUCACAAAAGAAAACAUCAAGAUUAAAGUUGUUAACUUUCAUGCUGAAGUUGUUGCAUUUUUUUGCCCUCACUCAUGAAUAGAGUCAUAAACAUUUUUUUUCAUGUAUGUAGUGUAAAUAUGUCGUUGGUGUUGAUGAAUAGAAACUUGGAAAUGUGGCGAUAAACACACAAUUGAUUUAAUGAUGGAAGGAUGAGAAUGAAAAAUACAUUUGUUCAGCAACUCAUCUUUAGAAUGCUAAAUUCUGAGCUUAACAACACUGG